ACAAACCUGUUCGAUGGGAGAGGCGGGGAUAACAUUUGGCAGCUUCAUUUCUUGUGGGUGUGCGAACGGCAUCUGAAUUUUAACAAACAGGAACCGAAUUGUUUUCAAAUAGCUAGCUGUGUUUUCGACAUUGUUUGUUCGCUAAUAUCUGUUUCAUUUUGAUCAAAUUUGUCGUCCGUUAAGACGUUAAUUAAAGACUCAAAACGAGAAUUGAUGGUUUUUGCUCUCCGUUCCUGUUGGAUUUGACCUGCCCUGUUUGCAGCCACAGCAGCAUGUUGUCCAGUCUUUCCAGCCCCUGCCUAUCCUUGUCACCGUGGGGGCAGCUAUUGACUGCCUGGCUCACAGGAGACAUGUCUAUAGUGUCGUCCUCCUCACAAAGGUCUGAGAGCUGACAUCCAUCACAGGGUCCUACAGACAGACUUAGCUACUGAAGUCCUGAUCAGGAUUCGCGGUCUGUCAAUGAGGAACUACAGGCUCAUCUUUUGCCAUAACCUGAAGCAGCCAUAGAUGACCAUUCGAUUCACUGCUAGUGAGUGGUGCUGAAGAUAAGGUGAACUACUGGGAGUUUUAAGUGCUGAACGACCUUCGGAAGCAGCUCGGCUGUGGAAGCGAUGAGGAAGAGCCUCUCUCCUUCCCCCAGCAACUCCCUGACACCAGCCAGGGUUUUUGGGGUUCCCCUAGAUGAGGUGCAGCAGAGUGGCCAGCCAGGCCAGGAGGUCCCCCUACUGGUCAGGCACAUCGUAGAGUACGUCGAAGAGCAUGGGCGUCUGGAUCUGGAGGGGCUGUUCCUGGUCAACGGUAAUGCGGAGCGAGUGGAGUGGCUACGGCAGCGCUAUGACUCUGGGGAGGAGGUGGACCUGGAGAAAGAGGCUGACCUGGCCUCGGCCGUCAGCCUGCUCCGUCUCUUCCUGCAGGAGCUCCCAGAACCCAUCAUCCCUGCAGGCAUGCAGGCCCACAUCCUGCAGCUCUACCAAGACUACAGCAGUGAGGAGGAGCUCGCCCGCAACAUGAAGUACUUCCUCCAGCAGCUGCCUCAGGUCAACUACAGCCUGCUGCGCUUCCUGUGCCGCUUCCUGUCCAGCGUGGCCUCGCUCCAGGAGGAGAGCUGGAGCGUUGGAGCCCUCGCUGCCGUCUUCGGACCUGACGUCUUCCAUUUAGACACAGAUGUGGAGGACCUGAAGGAGCAGGAGUCAGUGAGCCGCAUCCUGGCGGAGCUGCUGGAGAAUCAGGAAGAGUUCUUUGACUCAGAGGACGAUGACGUUUCUACCACCAACGACUACAGUUCCAUCAACGAACAGAUCACAGAACUCCUGGACGAUGACAAAUUAGAGGCGUUUGAGGAGCUGCCCCAAGAUGGCGCCUCUGAAUCCCCCCAACACAGUAACACCCAGGUCACCCCCUCUUCAAGCAUUAUAAAGAGGACCAUCCAUGCUGCAGUGGGACAGCACUUCUUUUACCUCAAGAGCUCUAUCGACAAUGAGAUCUAUGAGAGCCAAAUGGCGGGCCCCAGUGAGAGGCCGGGGCCAUGCGAGGGCCAUGGUGAAGAGGGCCUGUGUGAGAGUGAGGAGGGCCCCACAAGCAGUCCCCUGUCAGCCCCAGAGACCGAGCGCAGCCCUGAGGCCCAACAGGAUUGUGACUCCCAUAACGGUGCCCUGGAGGAGAGUUCUGGAAUAAACCAGGACCACGCCGAGGCUCUCGUAGACACAGAGAACAAUAUCAACACGGCCAGGCAAGAAAACCAAGCCUGUGAGAAGAUGGACCAGGCUGAUCUCAUCGCCUGUGUCUCUGUGUGUGAGUGUGACCAGAAUGCCAACACAGAUGCCAGCUGCCCCAGCUCCCACCACCUCCACCGCAUCUUCCCCCACAGCCAGUGGGAAGCACCAUCCCCAAACCAUCUCCCCCUCAUAGACUUCACAUGUAUGCACCUGCAGGGGAGAGGUCAUGACCCCGUGCCAGCCUUCAAGUCAUGGCAGGAUGAGAGUGACUCUGGUGAGGCCCAGCUGUCCCCCCUGGCCGGGCGCAUGGUGCCCCUGCCCCACGAGGAGGACUCCCAUCCCCUCAUGGCCCGUCGCUUCCUGGACUUUGGCCACAGCCAACGCUUCCUGCAGCACCCCGACACAACCUCGCCCACUAAAGCCCACCAGGCCCUGGGGAGGCCUCACCGUGCCUCCUUCACGUCCAAAGAGAGUGCUGUGAGGAACGACUCGGCCCCCCACCAGCUCACCAAAAAGCUGCAGAACCUCAAGAAGAAGAUCAAACAAUUUGAGGAACAGUUUGAGAAAGAGAGGAACUACAAGCCGUCCCAUGGUGAUAGUGCAGCUAACCCAAAGGUCCUCAAGUGGAUGACCGACCUCACCAAAAUCCGCAAACAGUUAAAAGGAAGACAGCAUCUCUUUCUCAAAGGGUCCCUGAGGCACCAGGCGGUGCUUCAGUCAUACAGACGCCACCAAACCUCCUCCACCUCCGCCCCGAACACACCCCAUUUUACACUUGCACGUCCCCUCACUGCCUCUAAACAGACACCCUACCUAUAUGCCAAACACAAGGAGGCUGAGCUGACCCCUCAGACGCGGCCACGCAGCAACACCUUGCCUAAGAGCUUUGGUUCCACCCUGGACCAGGCAGGCCACGAUGUUGGUGGAGAGGCCAAGGGCCACCAACCCACCAGAGAGGAGACACUGAACCUCAUCCAGCGCCGCGUCAAAGGCAAGAGAGAGGACGACGGCUGGCCAGAGGACACCAAGAAAAUGACCAAGGAACAGCUGUCGUGUGAGAAGACGGUCCUACAGAAGAACCUCCUGCACUAUGAGGGACUCCAUGGUCGACCUGUGACCAGAGAGGAGAGGCUGGUGGUCAAACCGCUGUACGACCGCUACCGUCUGGUCAAGCAGAUGCUCACCCGCGCCAGCAUCACCCCCAUCAUCGCUUCCCCCUCCAGCAAGCGACGCAACCACACCCUGCAGCCCAUCAUCGAGGGAGAGACUGCCCACUUCUGUGACGAGAUCAAGGAGGAGGAGGAGGGUGAAGUGGAGGAAGAGGAGGCCACAUCCAAGGAGGAGGAAGAGAGCAGUGUGGAGCUCCAGAGCUUGGGGUCAGAGGUGAUCAUGGCUCUAGACCCAGUGUUCCAGCCCCAGACCAGCUCCCAGAGACACAGAGACAGCCUGCUCAUGCCCAAGAUGGAGGAAACCUCUGGGAAACUGGCCCUGGACCUGCGCCUGUCCAGCGCCAACGCCUCGUCAAUGCCUGAGCUCCUGGAGCAGCUGUGGAAGGCCCGGGCUGAAAAGAAGAAGCUAAGGAACACCAUCCGCCAGUUUGAGGAUGAGUUCUACCAGCAGAACGGCAGGAACGUCCAGAAGGAGGACAGGCUACCCAUGAUGGACGAGUACAAAGAGUAUAAACGGAUCAAAGCCAAACUGCGCCUGCUGGAGGUGCUCAUCAGCAAGCAGGAUUCCUCGAAGUCUAUCUAGAGCGAGAAGUCUGAGGGAGGCCACCCUGCUUCCCUCCAUCCACCUGACUGAAGGUCCCCCAUCUCACCACGGACUGACAUGUCACCCCUACAUGGCCCCUCCAUUAUCAACCAUCAUCCUACCUGCACCCCUGAGAGACGGCACAGCAUCCACCGUAUCUCACUACUGUCUCCCCAAAACCACCCAUCAGAUUCUGCCAUCCCCAGCUAAUGUUCAGUGUAGGCUUCUUUCUAAGGACUCUGAUGAAGAGACCUCUUCAUCCCACCAGUCAAGACUCGACACACCCUUUUGAUUUCUUUCUACCUGUUUCUUUCAGAGGAAUUCCCUCUUCCUCUUUAGAGUUUAGUGUUUGUUUAAACUUAAUUUUUUUCAUUAACUUCAUGUAUGUUAGGAUUUCUCAGUAUGAAAAACUAUUUAACAGGAGCGUGUAGUGUGUUGUAGUCGCCUGGCCACAAAAUUAACUCACUCCCCCAGAGCAAGGACACUGCUCAUUCUAUUUCCGAUAUUGAUUCAGUUAACCAACUCCACUGUCAUCAUUCAACACUAGGAUGUUUUUUGUGUUGUCUUGAGUGAGAUCUUUUUGGAAAAAGUAAUUAAUGUAUGUUUUCUUGUACAUAAAUAUUUACACAUGUUGGAUGUUACAGUAUGUCAUUUUUCUUUAAUGAAGAGAUUCUCUCAAGUUUGAAAACAAACUUAGUUUUAAGUGUCUUAUGCUAUUCCAAUUGUUCUAUUAUUACACAAUUGCCACUAUGGAAACUGAGCGAGUUUUAUCAGUUGGGACUGGUUGUGCUCAUCCUUUCUGUUGUUUUAAUAUUCAGUCAUCACUGAAAGGAGUUUGACACACCAGGUGGGCAGGACAGCCAGUUAGGUUCAUCACUUAGCAUUGUUACCUUAACCAUCUCCAUUUUGGCAAUAAGGCUGGACUGCUUGACUUUAGUCACUUUUAUGUCCCAAUUUCUUUUACUUAUAGGCUUUCAAUUGCAGAGUGGAUCUUUGCGAGGUGUCUUAUUGAGUUGUCUCUGAUCUAAAGCUGUUCCAACUGCAUCAGUAUUAUGCUAAAUACAGCAUAUGGCAGUGUUACGGCGGGAUGACACUGGUUGGUGAAGUGUAUGGGAUAUGUCCCAUAUUGAGCCAGAGUUUUUGGCCAGGCAAUGUAGAGCCAGGUCAUUGUCAGGUCCUGGGGAGUUGUCUGAACACAGAGCUCUGAGAAGGCUUUACCACAGCCAAGCAGAACCAAUAGCACCUCGACCCCUGUCAUCAACAAUUUGACCCUGUCCCUAUAUAUCCCAAAGUUCCUAAGGGCUUCGUUCGAAAGGUCACAUGCAACUACAACAGAAUCAUAGUGAUGCAUGUUGGGAAUGAUACUGGGGUGUGUCUGGUCUUUUGGCGUCAGGCCUCCUGCCUGCCAUUCCGUAGAUAUUAUCGACCCCAACCUUUUGACCCCUAGCUAAACUAGCAGUCACCCCCGAGGCAGCCUCACAUCACUAUCCUUCAGAAGCUAUCUGGACUUGACAAGACCAAGCAGGAACUUUGUCUGUUCAAAUGACUAGUUCUAGUCCUGGCGAUAAAAUACACAAACCAUUUAAGAUCUGUUGUAGACUAGAUGCCUACGCACUCCUUAGGGCAGGGUGGGGAAUUACCGCUGUAUGCUAGUUGUCCAGGAAUGGUUUGGAAUGAGAAGACAUCCCCAGUGGCACUGACUUUAAAGAUCUUCAUCUGUUUCAGCAGGUAGAAUAAUGUCAGACCAACACACCCAGAAUGACGGAAUCUAGCUUUGCCUGAAGGACGUUCGCGCUGAACCAGGAGUUUGGCCUUCGUCUUCGUCUCUCACAGUCCUGUAACCUUUGUUUUGAGUUGGCAGGGUUUGGUAUACUGUAUGUACGGGUGGAGAGGUUCUAGACGUUAUUUGCACAGCAUUCUGAGAAUGCAGCCCUUGUUUUGUUUAUAGAUUUGUUCCUUUGUUUUAGAAGCACAAUUUAUAUGGAAGGAUGAACGUCAGAUUUGUAUUAUUUUGAACACUUUUGACCCGUUUACUUUCUGUGAUGUUCAAACAUUAUUUUUUUUAUUUGAUUUUUUAUGACCAUUAUUUAGAAUAAUCUUUUUUUGUAACCUUUCACUAAUACUUCUAUACAGUGUAGAAUCUCUAUUGGAUAGGAAUCUUCAGUGUUUUGUAUAAGCUAGACUGUAGUUGGCUUGCAUGGCAAAGAUUUGUAUUGUUUCUAUUUUUGUGCCAUGAAGAUCGAGCAAUAAAUUAGCGUUGAGGCCUGUAUCAAUGGAAUGUGGGGCCUUGUUAACCCUGUAUGUGCAUUUUCUGAGUAUACGGCUGAUUAAUGUUUAAUCUAUUAAUGGAACUAACUGUUUUCUACCUUGCAGACCAACCCAUGAAACUGUCACUUGACUAUAACUGCUGUGAGAUUUCCACUGCGACUCAGUUUUCUUUCUGCUAAACCAGCAUUUUAAUAUUUUUUGUUGUCAGCAUAAUGUUGUUUGGGGCACUGCUUAAACCAAAUGUAACAAGAUUAUCAAUAUGGAGGCACAUUUGGACCGAACUUUACGAUUUAUAUUAUUUAAAAAGGAAACGAGUGAAAUUGGUCGAUCAAUUUAUUUCCAUGUCUAUUUCUCAAGGGCUUUUUUACUAGAUGAUUUUUGCAUUGUGCCUGUUCAUAGUCCCAUGCCAUCCCACGCAUGUUUGUUUUUCUGACCCAGGUGGGCCGGUGGCAGGUUGUAUCAACUGACCAGCCAAUCAGCAGCUGGCUCCCAAAGCUUCUAUCUGUGGACCUGUGUUUUACAUCUGUACUGAACAAAAAAUGUAAAAGCAACAUGUAAAGUGUUGGUUUCAAGAGCUGAAAUUAAAGAUCCCUGAAAUGUUCCAUAUGAACAAAAAGCUUAUUUCUCUCAUGUUGUACAUUUGUUCCUUUUGCCAAGAUAAUCCAUCCACCUGACGGGUGUGGCAUAUUAAGAAGCUGAUUAAACAGCAUGAUCAUUACACAGCUGCAUCUUGUACUGGGGACAAUAAAAUGUCACUCUAAAAUGUGCAGUUGUCACACAACACAAUGCCACAGGUCUCUCGUUGAGGGAGCGUACAUGGCUUAUGUUAGAGAAAUGAACAUUAAAUUCUCUGGCAACAGCUCUGGUGGACUUUCUUGCAGUGGUUUUAGAGAAUUUGGCAGUAUGUCCAACAGGCCUCAACCGCAGACCACGUGUAACCACACCAGCCCAGGACCUCCGUAUAUGGCUUCUUCACCUGCGGGAUCAUCCGAGACAGGACAGAUGAUGAAACUGAGUAUUUCUGUCUGUGGGGAAAAACUCAUUCUGAUUGGCUGGGCCUGGCUCCUCAGUAGAAAACAAAAUGGAUUUUGCAUGACUGGACAGGGGUGUAGUCAUUGUUGGGCAUAGGCCCACCCACGGCUGAGCUCCUGCCCAGUCAUGUGAAAUCCAUAGAUUAGGGCCUAGAUUAUUUACUGAUUAUAUGGAGUGUAACAGAGUAAAAUCUUUUAUUUUUGUUCAGUAUGUAUAUGUUUGAAUACUUGUUUUCCUUUAUUUACAAAUUAUGAAGUAAAAUCAGAAAUGAUGUACAUUAAAAUGCAUACAAAAAUAAAGAUUCUAAUUUCCA